UUUUAAUUUAAUAAGGACUGGGUUGCUUCCUCUCUCGAGUUGCUCAACCUUUCACUCUCCUUUUUUUUCUUCAGCCAGCAACUUGCGUCUCUAUCCAUUGAUUUGCAACUUGCAAACAACACGAAACAAUUGCGGUGUUUUUUGAGCAUUCCGAGGAUAUAUUUUUUCUCUGUAAUUAAUUAUCCUUUAAAUUCCCAAUAUUCCUCGCUCUAUUCUCUUCUCUUCGUACUACCAUAGGAAGGAAGGAAGGAGAGAGAGUUAUGGGUUCCCCAGAAAAUCAAUUGUCGCUCGCAGAAGAGGCUCUUCUUCAGGAUGAUGAGAGCAAACAAUACACAGGAGAUGGAUCGGUUGACUUUAAAGGGAGGCCUGUUCUUAAGCGGAAUACUGGCAACUGGAAAGCUUGCCCAUUUAUCUUAGGCAACGAGUGCUGCGAACGUUUGGCGUACUAUGGCAUUGCGACAAAUCUUGUUACCUAUCUUACCCAGAAGCUGCACGAAGGAAAUGUCUCUGCUGCUAGAAAUGUCACCACCUGGCAAGGCACUUGCUAUCUUGCACCUCUCAUUGGAGCUGUUUUGGCAGAUGCUUAUUGGGGACGAUACUGGACAAUUGCCAUUUUCUCCACCAUUUAUUUCAUUGGAAUGGGUACAUUGACUCUUUCUGCAUCAGUUCCUGCCUUGAAGCCUGCAGAGUGUUUGGGUCCUGCAUGUCCUCCAGCUACUCCUGCACAAUAUGCUGUGUUCUUCUUUGGUCUGUACCUGAUUGCUCUUGGGACUGGUGGUAUAAAACCAUGUGUGUCAUCUUUUGGGGCAGAUCAGUUUGAUGAUACUGAUCCCGGGGAAAGGAUUAAGAAGGGAUCCUUUUUCAACUGGUUUUACUUUUCUAUCAACAUAGGAGCCCUUGUUUCCAGCACUUUUAUUGUUUGGAUUCAAGAAAAUGCUGGCUGGGGUCUUGGAUUUGGCAUUCCUGCUUUAUUUAUGGCAUUAGCUAUCGGAAGCUUCUUUUUAGGCACACCCCUUUACAGGUUUCAAAAACCAGGGGGAAGCCCUAUUACAAGAAUGUGCCAGGUUGUGGUAGCAUCUGUCCGGAAGCGAAAUCUGGUUGUCCCUGAGGAUAGUAGUCUCCUAUAUGAGACGCCAGAUAAGAGCUCUGCAAUUGAAGGAAGUCGGAAACUAGAGCAUAGUGAUGAACUAAAGUGUCUUGAUAGAGCAGCUGUAGCAUCCGCUGCUGAGAGCAAAAGUGGUGAUUAUUCUAACAAGUGGAGACUUUGCACGGUGACACAAGUAGAGGAGUUGAAAAUCUUGAUUCGCAUGUUUCCAGUUUGGGCUACUGUGAUCGUUUUUGCUGCUGUUUAUGCACAGAUGUCAACACUGUUUGUGGAACAAGGAACGAUGAUGAACACAAAUGUUGGUUCCUUCAAGAUUCCUCCUGCUUCCCUCUCAAGUUUUGAUGUGAUAAGUGUUAUUGUCUGGGUCCCUGUCUAUGACAGGAUUAUUGUUCCCAUUGCAAGGAAAUUUACAGGCAAUGAAAGGGGCUUUUCAGAGUUGCAAAGAAUGGGAAUUGGCCUUUUUAUUUCAGUCCUGUGCAUGUCAGCAGCUGCUAUAGUGGAGAUUGUGCGUCUGCAGCUUGCGAAAGAGCAUGGCCUUGUUGAUGAACCUGUUCCUGUACCACUUAAUAUAUUUUGGCAAAUUCCUCAGUAUUUCUUAUUGGGGGCAGCAGAAGUAUUCACAUUCAUCGGGCAGCUGGAGUUCUUCUAUGACCAAUCUCCAGAUGCCAUGCGGAGUUUAUGUAGUGCUUUGGCACUUUUGACUACUUCACUUGGGAAUUACUUGAGCUCUUUCAUUCUCACUGUAAUGACUUACUUCACUACACAAGGUGGAAAUCCUGGAUGGAUUCCAGAUAACUUGAACAAGGGUCAUCUUGAUUACUUCUUCUGGCUUUUAGCUGGACUUAGCUUCUUAAAUAUGUUUGUGUACAUAGUUGCUGCCAAAAGAUACAAGGAAAAGAAGUCUGCUUAAGAUUUUCCAGGCAUUUCUUUGGACUGGAAGGAUGUUCUGCCAUUUCCCUGUCAAUGUGGCGAUUGUUCUGCAUGUGGAAUAAAGAUGCUCUGCAAUUAUGUACGCUUUUUAUUUACAAAGGAAAAUCUGUUAUUUAUGCCGGUUCAAAACAGCCUUGUCUCUGCCCUCUCCCACGAAGCCUAAAAUUGAUAAGAUUGCUUGCUACCAUUUAGGCUAAAUAUGGGCAGUUAAGAUUGCUUGCAACAUUUACAUGUGUAACUAUUGAUGUAGAAAAGGUUGAUACUCCUUUUAUGUGCACCGUCGUUUCAGAUUGUAGUGUUUGAUUAACGAGAAGCAAAUAGCUAGGAGAAUGCACUACGGGAUAAAAGUAGCAUUCGCUUAUUAACACGGAAAUACUCAAACAUAGACACUACACUGGUGAUUUGACAAAGGUUGAUUGUUAAUGAAUUACAUAUGAAUGCUAAUAGUGAGCAGAAUAAAUUCGCCAUGUUUCUGGAUAUUGGCGACAAUUGCACAUUAA